UUCACUCGCACCGUCCAUUCAAUAUACCAGAGCUUCUUUAAAUCAGCCUUGGUCACCCACCGUCACCCAGUCGAACUCUCCUCCUUCCUGUGAUUUACAUGCCAGCAAGCACCUUCUACUUGUCUUUAUACGUGGAGGACGGCAUACAUCAAACGGCUUCAACUUGCCUACUUCUCUUCGCUAAAAGGUAUCUCAGCUAUCACGACUCAACCACACCAUCACAAUGGCGAGGACAGGCUUCUUCCACCACUUCGGCACCUUCCUGCUACUAGUAGCAACGGUACUGCUCAUCGUCACCUGCAUUUCUGCGCCUGUCAUCAAUGACAUCUCAAUCAUGAAGGUCGAUUUCGGAAGACUUCACGUGGGCGGUUUCAAGAGGGUAACCUUUGGUACCUUUGGCUGGUGCGAGAUUGCCGAUGGCCAAGCUGACUCCUGCUCUUCCUCCCACGUCGGCUAUAACCCCGCCAACGUAAUGCGCAUGAUCGAGGGUACCUCCUUCUCCAACUACGCUGAGAGAACCACCAAGGCACUCACCAAGGCCAUGAUCCUGCACCCCAUCGCCUGCGGUCUCAACUUCAUCGCCUUCCUCCUCGCCCUCGGCGCCGGCCUCGUCGGCUCUUUCCUCGCCUCGCUUGUUGCCGCUCUGGCUUUCAUCGUCACCGUCGUCAUCAUGAUCAUCGACUUUGUCACUUUCAGCAUCAUCAAGUCGAACGUCAACGACGACGACAGCGGCUCUCGCGCGCACUGGGGCUCCGCUGCCUGGACCACUCUUGCUGCCGCCAUCUGCUCGUUGCUAGGCAUGAUCAUUCUCUUCAUCACCUGCUGCUCGGCUAGAAUCCACAAGAGGAGGAACAGGGACCUCGAACCUAAGAACGACUACGGGAUUGCCGCUGCUCCUCCUCGCCGUAGGAGGUGGUUCUAAGUCACUGAUUGUGACUAAGAUGAACAACAGUCAAAAGACCAGUAUUUGGUGUUUUCAACAGACAAAAGCAAGAAUGAUAACACAUUAAUGAGCAACUUGUGAUAUCAGUUUAGUGGUUGGGAUGAUUUUAUUGGAGGACACGAUUUGUGAUGAGGAAUGAUACCAAGGUUCAGGGCGUUCUUUUGUUAUUUACUUCAAGGGCGGCUGAGCGUUCGAUUGUAAUAUUAUCAUGAAUGAAUGAUGAAUGAAAAUUCUUUCUUCUUUG